CGGCGACAAACAAAAGAAAUUUUUGAAGUUUGUCGGUGUGUUUAGCAAACGCCAUUUAUUUCGAUAGCUUAAGUACACAUUGGAGAAGCGUAAAAAAACCCCACAUCUGUCUCGGGGUUUACUUCAAACGCGUCAAGUUGUUUAAAAGAUUAAGAAGCUCUCGACGUGUGAGUGAAUCAAAACAUGCCAAGACCUCUGAGAAACAGCUACGGCAGUGCAAAGCCGCCGUACUCCUACAUUUCGCUGACAGCCAUGGCUAUCCAGAGCUCACCGCAGAAAAUGCUAUCGCUCAGUGAGAUUUAUCAAUUCAUCAUGGAUCACUUUCCUUUUUACAGGGAAAAUACGCAACGCUGGCAGAACUCGCUGCGACACAAUCUCAGUUUCAACGACUGCUUUCUAAAGAUUCCUAGAAGACCAGAUCAGCCCGGCAAGGGAAGCCUCUGGGCUCUUCACCCAGAUUGCGGAGCAAUGUUUGAGAAUGGCAGCUUCUUGCGCCGCAGAAAACGCUUCAAAUCCGAGAGGGAGAGGACCAGUAAACUUGCAAAGCUGAUCACAGAUGAGACUAAAGAACCGCAUAACGGCAGAGUGCUUAUGACGAGUGACAAUCCUGCUCGCUGCAUCUCGCCAGUCGAUGUCACUCAAUCGGGCUUCAAGCACCCUUUUAACAUAGAGAACCUCAUUGGAUCAGACAUCAAAAGCGUUCAGUCGUGCUCGACAAUGACAACCCCUAUUCCCUCUCUACCAACUUGUCCAUCCUGCAUGAAUACACCUCCCGCCUCCUCACUGGCAGCCGGCUAUCAAGGAAAUCUUUGGUCUGCUGCUUUGCCAGCCCCGUAUUUCGCCAAACCUUGUUCUCAUCACGAGCGUAUGAAGGAAUAUGAGAUAGCAAGGCUUGGACAACAGUUUUACCACACAGGAGAACUUGCUUCGUUUUACGGCGCAGUUCCAGUAUCCACUGCAGUUCUACCGCAGGCACUGUUUCGGUGACCGUGUUCCAAGCUGUUCAGAGCUGUUUACGCCAUAAAACACUGCUUCAAAGUGUAAGGAGACACUGACACUUGGAAUACUUGAACUCUAUUAAAAGCAGUAAUAGCCCACGAGGACUUUUAGUCAAACAGCCGAAGGUUUCUAAUGCUACUAAGACGGUCGCUCAGGUCUUCACACUCAAAGAAACAUUCAGAGGAGACAAAGCCUUGAGUUAAGUAGCAUAGCAUGAAAGUGUCAGUUUUAAAUCGGUUCCUGUUAAAAACUGAAUGGGCGAUAAAGUGUCUUGUUUAUUUCGUCGCGAAAUGACUCGAAAAGCACAGCCGUUGUUAAACGAAAAGGGAUAGUUUCAGAGGCUUAUUUUAACUAUGAAAUGACUUAUUUUAAAACACUGAAAAGGAAGACAACUUAUUGAGGUAAAGGAAACUACAUAUUACUCGCAGUAAAUGUUUGAACAAAUAGCCCGCUUUAAUGUCGCCCACAACUCAGUAUGUAAAAACUAUUUUUAUCGGGCUAAAAAUGAUUAUAUCCCUAGAGAGAAAUAAUAGGCAAAUUGAAGGCCAAACCUUGAAUGAAAUAUUGUAUAUAAAGAUCAGUAUGUUUGAAAUGAAAGCUGUUAUUCGUUUUAGAUGAUUUCGGGUACAUUUCCCAGUAGGUAAUUUGUGUACGUUACAAUUCGAAAUUUAAAACGCAAACUAGGUUGAAUAUAGGUUACAGUUCUUGGUUUUCACAAGUUAUUCAGUUGAAAAAGAUUCAACCUUGGUUGAACUCGCUCACCCUAAAAAGGCUCGAAUGGUAUUUUUGUGAUUAAAUUAUUUCGUAGAUUUAAGUUGUUCUGAAUUGUAAACAUUUGCCCAGCGAGCUCUUGGAUUGUAUACGUUUUUCAUCUCUUGUUGGUUUUAAAAGCAGAAAUUUGUGAAGCCUUAAGUAAAUACGGUUAAAAAGUAUUUGAAAAAUGUUCUUGUUUUUCUUUAUUAACCUCAAGGAAACUUAAACUACAUCAGUGAAGCACUUAGCAUCACCUACCAAAUGUUGAUCGAAAUAAA